AUGGCAACUGGGGGUGGGCUCGCCCUAAGGGUCAUAUCAGCAAGCCUGAACCCAACUGAGAGGGUGUCCAGCGUGGCCCUCUCAGUCGGUAAUGCAACUGCUGAGACAGUCGUGUCCAAGAGCACACACCGGAAACUGGCCCCAGAUGGAGUUAGAAGAAGCCACGGAAACGAGUUACUUACUCUCACCAGGAAGAGGAAGCACAAUACCCUGGAAGUAAACUUAAGAGGCCAUCGAAUAACAUCAGGCAUGAGCGCCAAAUACUUAGGUAUUUUAUUAGACAGUAAAGUAAAUUUCAAACAGCAUGCAAUAAUGGUAACAUCGAAAGCGGACACAUACAUGAAAUCCUUGCAGAGGAUAAUGCCGAACACAAGAGGACCAAGGCAGCAAGCGAAGAAAUUACUAUCCUUCGUUCCACAUGCUGUCGAGGAAGCGCGUAGGAACGGCAAACAUCUGGGAAUAGCGAAGGCUGAGGCACGGACAACGCUAGAAAACAAAUGGCAAGAUAGAUGGAGUAAUACCGAAAAAGAAGAAUGGACGAGAAAACUAAUCCCUGACUUGAGGCCUUGGUUAAGGAGAAAGCACGGUGAAAUAACUUACCACCUCACCCAGGAUCUGACUGGUCACGGGUGUUUUCCAGCGUAUCUUAACCGUUUUGGCCUUCUGCAAUCUGCAGAAUGUUGUUUUUGUGCACACCACACAGACUACAGUCACCACACAUUGUUCAAGUGUGACACGUGGCACCAAAAAAGAAGAAUACUUCACUCAGAAAUUGGAGACAUAACGUCUGACAAUAUGGAAAGCAAUAUGAUGGUGUCCAAGUCCAAAUGGAAAAUGGUAGAGGAUUUUGUAACGGAGAUAACGAAGAAGAAAGACGACGAAAGAAAAACGAAUAGGAAUCAGUAUAAGUUGCAAUAUAGGUCGAAGACCAUAUCAAGGGGGAUAGAGCCCCCCAAACAAUUUUAGUUUAUUUUAAAUGUAAAAUUAUAGCUGUAAAUUAUUUUAUUA